AUGAGGGGAAUCCUACUUGCUCUUCUGCUUGCACUAGCACGCUCGGAAAACUCCCAAAUCGAACCCAUCUUAAGUGACGGCAAGACAUCUGAGUACAACUAUGAAGCGGUUAUCCUAAGCGGACUUCCAGAAAGUGAUCUGGCCAGGUCUGGCAUCAAACUCAACUGCAAGGUCCAGAUCAGCGAGUUUGCACAGAGAACGUACCUCCUGAAGAUCCAAUCUCCUGAAAUAAAGGAGUAUAAUGGACAGUGGCCCAAAGACCCAUUCACUCGAUUAUCGAAACUCACCCAGGCUAUCGCAGACCAGCUCACAAGACCAGUGAAGUUCGAAUACCACAAUGGACGGGUUGGGGACAUCCAUGUCCCGGAUGGGGUACCAAAUUUGGUGGUCAACAUUUACAGAGGAAUUCUCAACUUGCUUCAAAUGAACAUGAAGAAGUCACAAAAUGUCUACAGCCUUCAGGAGUCCACCAUUGGCGGUAUCUGCCACACAAAAUACGUGAUCCAGCCGGACAGAAGAGGAGCUCGAAUUAAUGUUUUCAAAUCCACAGACUUCAGCAACUGUCUGCAGAAAGUAGCAAAGAACGUUGGUAUGGCUUUCAUGGAACCCUGCCAUUCCUGUAAAGAGCUGCACAGGAACCUGCGUGGAACUGCAACCUAUACAUAUAAAAUGAAGAGCAAGGGCCAGGGGGCUGUUAUCAUGGAAGUCACUGCCAGGCAGCUGAUCCAGUUCACACCAUUCUCAGAGCUUCAUGGGGCUGCUGUCAUGGAAGCAAGACAAGUUCUUACCUGGGCAGGAGCCAAGAACGGUCAGAUGAAUGCUCCUCAGAUUCAGCUCCAGAACCGUGGAAACCUCCAAUACGAUUUUGCAGAAGAGUUGCAGCAAAUGCCCAUUAUUCUACUGAAAACCAAAAGCCCAGAGGCACAGAUAGUGGAGACUCUGCAGCAUCUGGUACAGAAUAACCAGCAGCAGGUCCAUGGUGAUGCUCCGAUGAAAUAUGCCCAGCUCGUUCAGCUCCUGCGGGCAUCCUCCUAUGAAGCCAUUCAGUCCAUCUGGAAGCAGUUUUCUGGAAAACUUCAAUAUAGGCGUUGGCUCCUGAAUGCCAUCCCGGCAGCUGGCACUACAGAUUGCCUAAGGUUCAUCAAACAGAAUAUUCAUAAUGACGAGCUGCAAGUUGGAGAGGCCAUGAUGGCGUUAGCCUACACCAUGCAGUUUACCAGAGCCAACCACCAAACCCUCCAACUGUGCCAGGAUUUAAUAUAUGAUUCCCGAAUCCAGAAAUCACGCACUUUGUUCAAAACCGCCAUCCUUGCUUAUGGAUCAAUGGUGAAAAAAUACUGUGCCCAUGUGACUAGUUGCCCAGAAAAUGUCCUGGAGCCUCUUCACAACACGUUGGCUGAAGCAGCUAAUAAAGCCCACGAAGAGGACAUCUCUCUGGCCCUGAAGGCUUUGGGGAACGCCGGACAGCCUGCAAGCAUCAAACGCAUCCAAAAAUUCCUGCCAGGAUUUUCCUCCAGCGCCGCCCAAUACCCGGUCAGAAUCAAGACGGAUGCUGUGAUGGCGCUCAGAAACAUCGCCAAAUUAGAGCCACAAAGGGUGCAGGACAUUCUGCUCCAAGUCUACAUGAACCGAGAUGCUCGUACAGAGGUGCGAAUGAUGGCAUGUUUGGCUUUGUUUGAGACUAAGCCAGGACUGGCACUGGUGACCAGUAUCGCAAAUGUGGCUGCCAGAGAGGUCAAAACCAACCUGCAGCUCGCAAGCUUUGUAUAUUCGCAGAUGAAAGCUUUAUCCAGGAGCAAAGUUCCCCAACUGGAGCCUCUGGCUGCUGCCUGCAAUGUCGCUCUGAAGAUGUUGAAUCCAGCCAUUAAUGGACUGGGAUACAGAUACAGCAAAGUUCUGCGAUUUGACACCUUCAAAUAUCCCUUGAUGUCUGGAGCUGCAGCCAAAGUUUACAUUAUGAACAGCGGAAACACCAUGUUCCCAGUUUUCUUACUCACAAAAAUCAGGGCGUAUGUGGCUGGCACAGAGGUGGACAUCAUAGAGAUUGGUCUACGAGGAGAAGGGAUCGAGGAAGCUCUCAGGAGACAAAACACCCCAUUUGCAGAUUAUCCAAUGCAUAAGAAGAUCGCUCAGAUUUUGAAAACAUUACUGGGAUUUAAGGGGGUUUCUGCUCAAGCUCCCAUGAUGUCCGGCUAUGUCAAGGUUUUUGGUCAGGAAAUGGCCUUCACAAGGAUCACCAGAGAAGUCAUUCAAAGCGUAAUCCGGGCACUGAAUGAGCCGGCAGAAAGACACACAGCAGUGAAGAGUACCGUCAACAGGCUUAUGAAUGGCAUGGUCGGCCAUUACGCACGUGCUAUGCUGGCGACAGAGGUCCGGCACAUCGUCCCAAGCACUGUUGGUUUACCGGUGGAAUUCAGUUUAUACGCUUCCGCCGUGAUCAAUGCAGCCGCCAAUGCUGACGCUAAGGUGACUCCGACGCCGUCUGCUGAUUUUCGGGCGGCACAACUGCUGGAAUCACAGGUGCAGCUCAAUGCAGACGUGAGCCCCAGCACUUUACUGCAUGCCGUGGCUACAAUGGGAAUUAAUACCCCCCUCAUUCAGAGCGGAAUUGAGUUCCAUGGAAAAAUGCAGAUGAAUCUCCACGGCAAAUUCACGGCUCAUAUGGACAUGAAAGAGAAAAAUUUUAAAAUAGAAUCACCUACCAUCCAGCAAGAAAGCGAUUUGGUCCAAAUAAGGGCGCAGACCUUCGCCGUCAGUAGGAAUGUGGAAGACUUGGAGGCAACAAAGAAGACGUUGGUUGUGCCAAGAGCAGCAGCGCAAGAUAUCCUGAAGAAACGCUUUGAGACGACAGGAAAGGCCUCGGCAGAAGGAGCCAGCAUGAUGGCGGCGUCUUCAGAAAUGGUCUCUACAAAAUAUGUUGACCUUGCAGCUGGAAGGCACCAUCAGCAGUCUUCUACUAACUUGUUCCACGGGUGUGCUAGCCUUUCCAAACUUGGCAUUAAUAUUUGUAUUGGAAGCAAUUCUCGCAAUGCUGGCUACAAAAAACAGUCCUUUUUAUAUCAAGCAGUUGGGAAUCAUGAAGCCACAGUCACGGUAAAACCAGAUCACACUAAUGCAGCAAUCGAGAAACUGCAGCUGGAAAUAACAGCCGGACCGAUGGCAGCUUCCAAAAUCAUUGUUCUGGCAGAUAUCGAGGAGCAAGAAGGUGAAGCGCCAGAAGACUCCGUGGUCCAGAAGAGGCUGAAAACAAUUCUGGGAAUUGACGAUGAGUUCAUGGCCAGAAACGAGAGCCUUGCCAAAAGAUCAAACAAGCGGAAAUCUCACCCCCAGAAGCAGGGCCAUCAUAGCAGACAACUAAAAGACGCAGAAGUUGUAGAAGCACGCAGACCUCAAUCUUCAUCGUCUAGCUCCUCCAGCUCUCCAUCCUCUUCCUCCUCCUCAUCCUCUUCUUCCUCCUCUUCUUCAUCAUCAUCCUCCUCCUCGUCAUCCUCCUCUAAUUCCAGCUGGAGAUCUAAGGAAAGGAGGCGUGCUAUUGGACAGUCAAGCAGCAGCAGCAGCAGCAGCAGCCAAGAGCAGAACAAGAAGAAGCAGCAGCAGCAGCAGGGUGGCCGGACAACCGGAGGCCACAGUAGGAGACGCAGUAGCCCCAGCAGUAGCUCCAGCAGCAGCAGUAGUGGCAGUUCUAGCAGCAGCUCCAGUAGCUCCAGUAGUUCCCGCAGCAGCAGUUCCAGCAGCUCCAGCAGCAGGCAGAACAGCAGGAAUCGGCGCCAGAGAAGCAGCCGCCAACAGCAGCACCAAGCAAGAGGCACCAAACCUUCCAGCAGCAGCAGCAGCAGCAGUAGUAGUAGUUGGAGCAGCAGCAGCAGCAGCAACCAGGACUCCAGAUACAAGAAACAGAGGGAGUUUUAUAAUCUUCGCUUCAAUCCCGCAAACAGGCCACGGGUAAUCAGGGGCAAUCCUCGCCAGUCUUCUUCCUCUUCGAGCUCCUCGUCCAGCAGCAGUCAGGCCUCUGCCUUCAGACAUCGGGCGAGAUUCAUGGGUGACAAUAAGCCCCCCGCACUGGUCAUCACUGCAAGGGCCAUUCGGAACGACAACAAACGCCAAGGCUACCAAGUGAUCGUGUAUGCGGAUUAUCACGCUGCUAAGCCUCAGCUCCAGGCCUACAUGGUGGACAUUACACAAACAAGCAGGUGGAGAGCUUGCUUUGAUGCUGUUGUCCUCAAUCCUCACGAAGCUUGGGCAAAUGUAAAAUGGGGCCAGAAUUGCCAAGAUUACAAGGUCCUCAUGAAAGCCCAAACCGGACACUUUGGAAGUCAGCCUGCAAUGAAAGUGACUGUGGAAUGGCCCAGACUUCCAUCCAAAGUGAAGUCGCUCGGCAGACAAGUCUCUGAAUAUCUCCCCGGUGCUGCCUACAUGGCAGGAUUCUCCGAGAAGAUGAGAAAGAACCCCCAACGUCAGGCCAAACUUAUUAUGUCUCUAAGUUCUCCAAGUACUCUUGAUAUAGUUGUCCAAGUACCAAAGGCCACCCUGUAUUAUAGAGCUUUAAGAAUCCCUGUGCCCAUCCCAGCUCAUCCAAACAGAAAGGAUGAGGUCCAGCUGGCGCCUACAUGGAACAUGUUCUCUGAAGCUCCUCAGAUGCUCAUCGAGUCCCUCCAAGGCGAAUGCAAAGUCUCACACAACAGCAUUAGCACAUUCAAUGGGGUCGAGAUACCUAACGCCUUGACUGAAACCUGUUACCACGUUCUGGCCCAAGACUGCACCCCUGAGCUCAAAUUCAUGGUGAUGAUGAGAAACUCCAAAGAGUCUCCAGAGCACAAAGUUAUUAAUGUCAAAGUCGGCACAUACGAUAUCGACAUGAGUUUCUUGGCUGACUCUCUGAAGAUGAAGAUCAAUGGUAUUGAAAUUUUAGAUGAACACCUCCCAUACAAAUCUCACGGGGAUCCAACUGUGGAGAUUCACAAAAAGGGCAGCGGGGUAUCUCUCUCUGCUCUUGAUUACGGCAUUCAGGAGCUUUUCUAUGACGGGUUAACCUUCAAGGUAAGACCCUCAAUAUGGAUGAAAGGCAAGACCUGUGGUAUCUGCGGCCAAAACGAUGAUGAGACAGAACAGGAGUACAAGAUGCCCGACGGUGCUGUUGCCAAAGACCAAAUGAGCUUCCUCCAUUCCUGGAUCGCCAAACCAGAGCCGUGCAACGAAGGAUGCCACGUCCAGCGAUCAAUUGUGAAACUUGACAAAACUGCUGAAACUUAUGGAGAGAAAGCAAAAUGUUACUCGGUUCAGCCGGUCUUGCGCUGCGCCAAAGGCUGCUCUCCACUUAAAACAGUCCAGGUGUCCACUGGUUUCCAUUGCCUGCCCUCCGAAGCGUCUCUGGACCUCGCGGAAGGACAGGUGAGGCUGGAGAAGGCAGAAGAUUUCUCACAUCUGGUCGAAGCUCACACGGCCUGCUCAUGUGACGCCUCACCAUGCGCGGCCUGAUCUGGACCUUUAAAUUGUUUGGGAAUAUGAGUGUUGUAUCCAUCAUGAUCAGACUCAGUGGAGAAAUAUAAUCAGAUUGUAAGAUUAGAGCAGGAAAUAAUCAAGAUG